UGAAUAAGAACCAGCGGAUAAAAAAGUAGUGGCUGAGAUUGAGAUAAGCAUGAAUAGAAGCAUAGAGGCUUUUAACAUUGUGUGGAUGAGGUGUGGUUAGAGAGAGAGGUGAUGGCAGCUUCAGGUGUAUGGAAGCCAUCAGUGGUAAGAAGUGGGAGAGAAGAAGUGUAUGUAGCAGCAAUGCCUCUGAAGACCACAAAGGGACCACCCCAGCUCCUCAUGUCUGCUGCUUACUCUCUCAAUUUCUGGAAUUUCCACCAUUUCAUGGUCAUCAUCAACAACAAACCCUUGAACAGAACAGACCCCUGCUCUUUUCAGCUUUUGGUUUAUGAUUUCCAACCAAAAGACCCUGAAGAUCCAUAUGCGGCACUAGCAGUUCUAUCUGGUAGAUCAGUGCCAGGAGCUGUCCUGAUGAGGAAGCUGAAAAAAUUGCCAAGAAGCAAAUGUUGGCUGGUUGGAUAUUCAAAAGAAGAUGCUGAAAAAGUAGCAACUGAAUUCAACAAAACAUGGGAAACAAGUUUGAGAGUUGGUGUUAAUGAUUGCCGUCACUAUACCAACGGUUUAGUAACGCAACUGACCGGGGAAAAAGAUGUGCUAAAACGUUUGAAGAACAUGCGUCACUUAAAUUGGCACGGUUGAAGAGGUGCAUCACUUGGGCUUCGGUGUACUAAUUAGCAUGUGCUUUGAAGUUUGAAAACUCAAAAGUCUGAAAAGAAUGAAGCUGAUGGCGCUUGCCAUAAUUAAUAUCUUGGGAAUGUCACUAAUUAAGUUCAGUCAUGGUACACUACCUAUCUAUUUUGGAAAAUUUAGGAACUUCAAUUAAGUUUCAAAGCCAUGACGUAUACAAUGAGAAGAUAAGUGCGGAAGAAAUUAAGAAUAUUAUAUUAUUCACUGUGUCCUA